AUGUUGGCCACUAGGUUUGAAGAGUUAAGAAUGAGAGAUGAUGAGAUGUUUGAUGUCUUUUAUGCGAGCUUAAAUGACAUAGUAAAUUCGUCUUUCAAUCUAGGUAAGAAAAUCCCUGAACCUAAGAUAGUGAGAAAGAUUCUUAGAUCCUUACCUGAGCGUUUUAGGCCUAAAGUCACGGCAAUUGAGGAGAGUAAGGACAUAGACACUAUCAAGAAUAAGAAGAAGCCUCAAGAGAGACAAAGAGGUGGCCCGAGUAAAUCUAGGAAGAAAUCCAAAUCCGUGAGAUGUCAUAACUGUCGCGGUUUUGGUCAUGUGAGAAAUGAGUGCCCUAGUGCUAAGAGAUUUGAAGAGAAGGCUAUGAAUACUACUCUUACUGAUGACGAGUCUAGCUCGGACAAUCAGAUUAAGAAAUCCACCCGUGAGGAGAGUGGAAAAUAUGUGGCCUUCGUUGCAAGGGAUAAAAGUGGAUCCGAACAGCGGAGUGAUAGGGAAGAGGACUUAGAUAAUAGUGAAGAAUUUGGUGAUGAGAGUGGAAGUGAGCAAGAUCUAGAAACAACCUAUGAUAGGAUGUAUAAGGAAAGCCUUAAGAUCUUAGCUGCUAACCAGGCAAUGAACAAGAAUGUGAAGGGGCUUAGACUAGAGAAGGAACAGUUAGAAGCUCAGGUUAGUGAUCUCACCAGUAAGAAUGAGAUGUCCUCUAGGAGAGUAAGUGAGCUAACUAUUGUGAAUGAAACCUCAGCUAUUCAGGUUAAACACCUUGAGAGUGAGCUAGAAUUGUCUAGGUAUCAGUUACUUGCCUUUUCUAGCAGUUCUGAAAAGCUAGAUAAUAUUCUAGGUAUAGGCAAGCCGGCUGGUGAUAGGGGAGGUCUAGGUUUUGAUCUGAAUGUUGCUAGACCUAGGUCUACCAGACGUCGUAGGACCCGUCGGCCUAGGAAUAGAAAUCAGCGUAAGCAUAUCAUGGGUCCUAGGUUUGUCCCUACAUGUUUUUACUGUGGGGAGUUAGGUCACAUCCGCCCUAGAUGUCAUCAGUAUCUGAACAAUAGGAAAGACUUGAGCCUGAAAAGGAACAAAAAUCAUGUGUCUGUUUGUCAGAUUGGAUUCCUUGCUGAUCAAGUGAAUCGUUUAACUCAAUUGAUGACACAGCUGUUUGGAAACAAUCCCCGUUCUAGACAGAUUUGGGUGAAGAAAAACGAUCUCCCAAAUUUGGUUAGAGAUCGCGGUGCUCUUAAAGGAAAGAGCAUUUAUAUACAUAAUUGA